AUGGUCCCUGUCCAGUUCUUCACAGGUGGGGCUGCUGGUCACAGGUGGGGCUGCUGGUCACAGGUGGAGCUGCUGGUCACGGGUGGGGCUGGGUGGGGCUGCUGGUCACAGGUGGGGCUGCUGGUCACAGGUGGGGCUGCUGGUCACAUGUGGGGCUGCUGGUCACAGGUGGGGCUGCUGGUCACAGGUGGGGCUGCUGGUCACAGGUGGGGCUGCUGGUCACAGGUGGGGCUGCUGGUCACAGGUGGGGCUGCUGGUCACAGGUGGGGCUGCUGGUCACAGGUGGGGCUGCUGGUCACAGGUAGGGCUGCUGGUCACAGGUGCCUGGUGCUGGCGGCUGGCGCUGGUGCUGGUGCCUGGUGCUGGCGGCUGGCGCUGGUGCUGGUGCCUGGUGCUGGUGCCUGGUGCUGGUGGCUGGCGCUGGUGCUGGUGCCUGGUGCUGGCGGCUGGCGCUGGCGCUGGUGCCUGGUGCUGGCGGCUGGCGCUGGUGCUGGUGCCUGGUGCCUGGUGCUGGCGGCUGGCACUGGUGCUGGUGCCUGGUGCUGGCGGCUGGCGCUGGUGCUGGUGCCUGGUGCUGGCGGCUGGCGCUGGUGCUGGUGCCUGGUGUUGGCGCUGGUGCUGGUGCCUGGUGCUGGCGGCUGGCGCUGGUGCUGGUGCCUGACGGCUGGCGCUGGUCCUGGUGGCUGGCGCUGGCGUAACGGCGCUGGUGCCGGUGCUGGUGCUGGUGACUGGCUUCGGUGCUGGUGCUGGUUCCUGGUGCUGGUGGCUGGCGCUGGUGCUGGUGCCUGGUGCUGUUCCGCCGCCACUCCCUUCCCCCUUGUCCUCUCUCCCCCACAGCAUUCCGCCGCCACUCCCUUCCCCCUUUCCCUCUCCCACCCGCAGCGUUCCGCCGCCAAUCCCUUCCCCUCCUCCCUCUCCUUUCCACAGCGUCCCACCGCCACUCCCUUCCCCUCCUCCCUCUCCUCCCCAUGGCGACCGCCGCUGCACACGCAAACAAUCGCGACGGGGGGGGGGGGGGGGGCGACCGCCGGUGCGACGGGCGAGGUGCAAGGUGGCGCUGGCUGCAGUCGAUGGCGCAAACGCGAUCGCGGGCCGCUGGCGACUUCGCUGGCGACUUCGCUGGCGGGUCGCUGGCGGCGGGUCCGCUGGCGUUCGCCAUAG